ACGCACGGUGACGCUCAUAGAUCACGGCAGGCGCACAAGGCAGCAUCCCGGAAUAACGGAGGUGGAAACCGAGCGACAGAGGAAGAGAUAACUGAAUCCGCUGAAUACAAAAGAUUAUCGGUGAAGCUUCAUCUUCUUCUUCUGGGGCUGUUAGCGGAGGACGGAGCUCGGACUGACCGGAGGACGAGGGCUGAAAGCGGACGUCUUCACAGAUGAGGAGUCUUUCUUCAUGGCCUCCUCCAGGUGACCUCUGGUGACUUCAGUCACUCCUGGCUGCAGCUUUAAACUCCUGAACCUCCUGAAGACGUCUGCAGGUUUCUUCCCCUCCUUCCUCCAAGAUCUCCCUCACUCCCUCACUCCCUCACUCCCUCCCUCUUCCCCUCUGGUGGUCCUCUCGUCGUAGCUGCUGAAUUAUUAAACAUCAGACGGUGGGCUCGGCUCCGCGGAGCCAGGAGAUAGAUGGGAGAGCUAGCCAGAUAAAAAAAAAAAAGAUGGAGAGAGAAAGAGGGAGGCAUGGAGGCGUCCGACACAGCAGGAAACCGUGAGUCGGCAGGGCGAGAGAGAGCACGUGUGGGGAGGGGAAUACGGAGAGAGUUCAUAGAUAGGCGAUACGGCUGCUGAGAGAGCGGCGUCAGAUGCCUCCCGGCGCGUCGGUGCCCGUGUGUGUGCAUGCUCAUAUCGAUUGAGCGGAGAAGGUCACAGAGCUGCGAGGAGAUUAGCGGACGAGACUCGCAGAGCUAACGCCUCCUCUGAAUAGCAGCUAGACAGGAAGAGGACAGACAAAAGAGGAGGGGAGGGAGAGAGAGAGAGAGAGAGAGAGAGACGAGGAGAAGGACGAGAGGAGCCGCUACAGUAUGGGGGAGAGCUACAUGUACCAGAGACUCCCCUACGCCAGAGGACAGGAGGAGGGGGAGGAGGACGAGGAAGAGGAGAGAGACAGCAGCAGGAUCAGAGAGAGAGUCGGGGGACAAAUGGUAAAGUCUGAAGUUAUGCAGUGUGAGGAGGGCACAGAGUGGCUGCUGGAGCUGCUGACAGACGUGCAGCUGCAGCAGUACUUCCUGCGGAUCCGUGAUGAGCUCAAUGUCACGCGACUCUCACACUUCGACUACGUCAAGAAUGAAGACCUGGAGAAGAUCGGCAUGGGACGCCCUGGUCAGAGGAGGCUUUGGGAGGCCGUCAAGAGGAGGAGAGCCCUUUAUAAACGCAAGUCGUGGAUGAGCAAGGUGUUUCCCGUAAAACGGCCUGACGCUGACCCCCAGCAGCCCAUCCCUCAGGGGCCGGGCGCAUCAUCCAGCACUCCCACAGGAAACAGCGACUCAGCCGCCUCACUAACCUGUCUGAUUAGAGAGUCGGAGCUGCAGCUGUUUGAACGUUUAGGAGACGGGACAUUUGGGGUGGUGCGAAGAGGGGAGUGGACAGGACCCAACGGCAGAGUGUUGACUGUGGCAGUGAAGUGUCUGAAAGCUGGCGUGUUGGACUCAGACGGACUGGACGAUUUCAUCAGAGAGGUGAACGCCAUGCAUUCACUGAGCCACCAGAACCUUAUCCGCCUGUACGGCAUCGUCCUCACGCAGCCCAUGAAGAUGGUGGCUGAAUUGGCCCCUCUGGGCUCCCUGUUGGAUCGUAUGAGAAAGCGGCAGGGUCACAUCCUUAUCUUCUCCCUGUGUAACUAUGCUGUGCAGGUGGCAUGUGGGAUGGCGUACCUGGAGCAGAGACGUUUCCUCCACAGGGACCUGGCUGCUCGAAAUGUUCUUCUGUCCACAAAUGAAACUGUGAAGAUCGGAGACUUUGGCCUGAUGAGGGCGCUGCCAACACACACAGACCAAUACAUCAUGGAGGAGGGCCACAAAAUCCCCUUUCCAUGGUGUGCUCCUGAAUCCCUGAAGUCUCGUUCUUUCUCUCAUGCCUCUGAUACCUGGAUGUUUGGGGUCACUCUGUGGGAGAUGUUCACCCACGGACAGGAGCCGUGGAUUGGCCUUAAUGGAAGUCAGAUCCUCCACAAGGUGGACGUUGAGGCGGAGAGGCUGAGUAAACCAGAAGACUGUCCUCAGGAUGUCUACAACGUCAUGCUGCAGUGCUGGAGCCCCAAACCUGAAGACAGACCAACUUUCAUCGCCCUCAGAGACUUCCUGCUCGAGACGAUGCCUACAGACAUGAGAGCUCUGCAGGACUUUGAGGAGGAAGACAAGCUCCAGAUUAAAAUGAACGACGUCAUCACCAUCAUCGAGGGAAGGGCGGAGCAUUACUGGUGGCGAGGUCAGAACAGGCGCACGCUGCGUGUCGGUCAGUUUCCUCGUCAUGUGGUGACCGCCGUCGCUGGUCUGUCAGCCCACGAUAUCAGUCGACCUCUAAAGCACUCCUUCAUACACACCGGACACGGAGACACGGACCCUCACAGGAGCUGGGGACAUGCAGAUCGCAUAGACAGUCUGUAUUUGGGAAACCCCAUGGACCCUCCUGAUGUCCUCGGAAUGGAUGCAGGCACAGCAAGGCCCACAAAACUCCCCAACCGUGCCAAGAAGCAACCCCCUCCUCGUCCUCCUCAACCAGCUGUUCUACUGAAGAAGCCCUUCUACGACUCUGUGAUGGACGACUACGACGACGACGACGACGACACCGGCGCUUCCUCCGGGCUGAAGAGGCUUGGAGUGUCUCUGGGCCUGAAGCUGCGGCCGAUGGAGGGGGCUGUUAUUCGCUCGGCGAAGAGUGAGGUAUCGCUCAUCGACUUCACCGACGACAGCUUCAGCUCGACCACGCCCUCGCCGCUCACCGAGACACGGCAGCCGGAUGAGGACACUCUGAAGGACACUCCAUCCAUCUUGGACUGGCCCCUCCCUCAGCCGGCUUACGAUGAGGUGACCACAGACCUCGAGGACCAAUCGGAUGACCAGGAGGUGCGGACCAUUACUAAGGGUUUGAAUGACGACACGGCAGCUUCGAACAGUAUUGGCAUGACGGGCAGGAGUGAGUCGCAGUCAGCUGAUCUCUUCCAGGAGCUGCAGAGAGAGGUGAUGGUGAAGCUGCAGGUUCCCAUGGCAACAGGCCGUUCCCUCCCCUCCUCCCCCCUCCCUUUGCCUCUGGCACCUGUGGGCCCACAUCGACAAAUCUACCUGCCUCCUCCGUCCCCUUCCUCCAACUCCACCUCUUGUUUCUCAUCCUGCUUUGAGGACCGGCCUGUGCUGCCCCCUCGUAGCCCCGUCCCCCCGAUGCGUCCCUCCAAACACAACCUCUCCACUCGCCCCGCACACCCUCAGUCCCGCUCCAGCACCAUCUCCCUGGGCGACCCGGAGGACACGCCUCCUCAGAUCCCGCCCAGAGACCACGCCUUCUCUCAGCCGGGCUCACGCUCCUCCUCUCCUCUCCCUCUGGUGCCGCCGCUGUCCUCCACCCCGGUGGCCCUCCCUCCUCCUCCCCUCUCUGUCUCCCCUCGCCGGGCGUCCGGACUCCUGGGUCCCCUCCUCUCCUCCAACUCGUCUAUCUCGUCCCUGCCUCAAGUGACACCACAGUCCUCGCGGCUCACAGCUCGCGGCUCCAACUACUCAUCCAGCUCUUUACUGGAUCCUCUCUCCUUUCGUGAGGGGCGGGGCCUGUCCUCACUGAUUGAAAGCUCCCAGAGCUCUGCUCCCGCCCCCUUGCCUGAUCGACCAGCUUAUAUGGAAAGAUAUGGAGCAGCCAAUAUGGCGGCAGUCAAACCCAUGAUACAACAGCCUGGAGGAGUCAAGCCGAACUCCUCCUACAACAACAAUAACGGGCGUACUGCAGCUCCCAGCAUGCAACAGGAGCAGAGCGUCACACAGGUCCAAGGAGCAGUACACGGUGUCACGCUAGAGGAGUGUCAGGCGGCUCUGCAGAGUCACAACUGGAGCGUCCCUCAGGCUGUCAAUCAUCUGAAGGUGGAGCAGUUGUUUCGUCUGGGCCUGCGGUCGAGAGCGGAGUGUGAGGAGCUUCUGCAGCGCUGCAACUGGAACCUGUCAGAGUCCAGCACGCUCAUGCUGGACUCAUACGGACCACAUCGAAGCAUGAAGUGACAGCAGGAGGACAAAUUGAGCCGUAAUCAGCCACUGGCGAGCUCCGGAUGUCACCUGGGUCAAUAUCCUGACCUGACUGGAUGACUCAUUGUGACUAGUUUGUAAUGAAAGGUGGAACACAAAGCAGUGUACUGUAUGUGCCUGACAUAAUGUACUGUGAAUACCUGACAUCCCUUAUGUCAUACACGUGCAUGUUUAUCGUUGGCCAUCAGCGGGCUUGUUGAAUGAGUCACACCAUUUACUUGAAUAGUAACGUUUAUUUUUCAUUAUUGCAUUAAUUAUGACACUUUAUGUUCUUCUGCUGUAAACUCUGAAUGGGUGUGAGAUGUGCUGUGAAUGCCUGCAUGUUCAGAGGUGGGCAGAUAUAAUCCUACAUUGAGAACACUGUAAAUGCCGGGCCUUUUUGCUGUACACAAAGCGAUUUUAAAAUCAGGGAAAUGUCAGCUAAAGUCACAGUUGUACUUGUGUGAAUAUGUUGCUGUAUUGUUUAUAGCACUUUACAGGGUGUGUCCGUGUUUGUCGGACAACCUAACUGCUGGUCAGAAGAUGAUAAACAGAAAUAAAUGUGUUUAGGUAUUAUGGAGGCAUUCAUUGUGAAAGGUAAACUAUCUACCAUGUGUUAUGGGUACAGGGUAUUAGCCUCUUGGUUCAACCCCUCAAGUCAGAUAUUUAAUAUAUGGGUGUAGAUUUCUUUUUGUUAAAGUAACUGCUGCAUGAUAAUCAAAUACACAUGCAAAAGCAUCAAAGGAAACUGCUAUUUGUGACUUUGUGCUUGCUUAACGGUGCAGGUAGUGGUCCCCAAAGCUGAAUGUGUGUGUGUGUGUGUGUGUGUGUGUGUGUGUAUGCAGAUCUUAAUCAUGUGAUCACUUACUGUUGAGGUAAUCAGCUUAAAAGAGAAAGGAAACGCUAACAA